GUGUCCAGAUGAGCUGAAAACGGAUGUCUAUAACGCUGUGUCGUUGAUGUCGUUCGGUGAUCAAGUUGUGGGGGGUGACCCCGGUCCUGAGUCAUGGCGAUUUAUAGGCCCAGUCUCCGAGCUCAGCAAGAUGCCUUGCCGUGUAGUUCACGCCACGCUCGAUCGCCGCAUCUGCCUCUUUUACAUCAACGGCAGCUUCUUCGCCAUGGACGCGCGAUGCGCGCACUCGGGAGGUCCCCUGUGUGAAGGAGACAUUGAGGAGGUGAACGGAGUUCUCAAGGUUUUUUGCCCCUGGCAUGACUAUGAUUUCAGCCUUCAUACUGGAGAAUCACAAAUGGGUUUAAAGCAACCAGUCUUCCCCGUAAAAGUUGAAGAUGGGUCUGUCUAUGUGAAAUUCAACAGUCCGCUUUCCCUCACUCCAUUGUCUGCUGCCACCAAGGAGUGACAUGGGCAGAUGAAGGAUACCUUUAUAAAUGAAUGCACAUUUUAUAUGGUGGGAGGGGCACUGCUAGACACUCUGUACUCGAUUUGCAUUAAGCAUUUGGAGGAGAAUUUAACUGUAUGUUGAUCUUUGACACUACUGCUCAUUUUUGUAUUAUGCUUCUGUUUAUUCAGGCAGUUAGAGACUUCAGGUAUCCAUCAAUUAUUUUGUGCAAAGAGUUGCUGUUUUAUGAUACUUCAGUACCAGUCAAGUGUCUGAUGAGAGUAACAAGUACAUCAAGU